AAAACAGUGACGUCAGUCAAAAGCCAUUUUGUUUCACCGCUCAACAGUGUGUGAAGCAACAAGGAAUAUUUAUAUUUUAGAAUUACACAAUUGCAAAUUUUUCCUGAUUUUGAAAGAUGGCUUCAGAUGCUAGUGAAGAUAGGACAUGUGAAACAGUAAGAGAGGAGGAUGAAGAAAAUUCUCAAGAAGACAAAAAACAGGUUGAGCAGAGGGAAGAAGAAAAGCUUAAGUCCAAGUAUCCAAAUCUUGCUAAAGGUGGAGGUGGAUCAGCUCUUUUAAAUAAAAGACUUCAGAAAGGAGGACAAAAGUACUUUGACUCUGGGGAUUAUGCCAUGGCUAAAGCAAAACUCAGUGCCAAGUCUAAACCUCCACCACCACCAGAAAAGAUAAUUAAAGCAGAAGCUGUUGGUGAGACCAUUCCGACUCCAGAAAAUAUUCAAGCCAGGAAGCCGUCCCUUGUCACAAGCAAGCUAGCGUCUGGAGAGUUAAUAUGAUCAAAUAAACAAAACAUUGCAGUGGAUAAUUUCAAGAAGAGGAAAAUAUGGAUAGAAAUCUUCAUUGUGGAACUGAUUCCCAGAAAAUCUUUUUUUCUCGCAAACUACAUAAUGGCUUUAAAAAGGAGUAUAAAGAAACAAGUCAUGUUAUCAACAAAUGGGAGUUUGUCAGUUCUAUAAAAUGAGUUACCAACUAUGGACUUGAAAACUUUCAUUUCAGCAGGCAAAUAAUAUAGUUACAGUUACACCCUACAUAAAGGUUAACCAAUUUCAUAAUAUUUUGUUUUAAGUUUCUAUUCAAAUUAAUUAAAGAUAGUUUUCUGUAGCAGUUGAAUAAUACUUUUAGACAUGUUAUUUUAUUUGGUAUUGGAUAAAUUGAAUAGUCAUUGUUCUAUUUUCAGAUGUACUCUAGUAGGGUUAAUUUAUUACAUUUUGUCAUGUUGUAUUAGUUAGAUAAAAUUGUAUGAAAAAACGCCCAAACAAAGGUUAGUACAUGUUGUAGGUAUUACUCGGUGAAAAGCAUUUUAUCCAUUGAGAUUUCUGAUUGUAAAAGUAUUUUCAUAUUUAUUCUGUAAAUUUCUGAGCUACAAUACAUACAAGUAUUGUUUUAAUGAAAUACUUUUAUUUAUUCAAUUUUAAAAAGUUAGUUAAGUAGUUUUGCUCUAGCUAGAACACUCACUAUCCUGGUCAACUUUCAUGUUGUUUUUUUUUGUUGGCACUUUACCACCUGGCUUAUUUAUUUAUGUCUGCAUUUUAUUUUAACGGUAGAGUUAAUAAUUUUUCUAAGUGUUUUGAGUUAUUAACUAAAGCUAUGUUUAACAAAAAUAACUGAAUUUUGUUUAGUAAUUAGGUAAAACCUCUAAAUUUUUUAGAUUAACUUCUUUGGUGUAAAUAUUGGAACAUUUUAAAAGUUAAGACAAAUUGUUCAUUCAUUGUUUAAAAGUGUUUCAUUUUAUUGUAAUCUAGAAGUGUAUUGAUCUUUUUAUAAUAAUUAACAACAAUAUAAUAAUUACCAGGUAGUAAAGUGCUUCUGAUUUUUGCUGUAUGUCUACUAAAACGUACUUGUUUAGUAGCUUGUUGUAGUUUCAUACACAUUCAUUUUUGCUAAGCUUUUAUUUUUGCAACAUGCCUUAGCUGGGUAAGACUAACCUCACCAUCUAGGCCAGUACUGAUCAGUUCUGCUUUUGUUUCAACAUGUUAUGCUUAAAUACAAGAAAGUAACCAAUUGUAAUAAAACCUUAUCCCUAGUUCUCUGAGAUGACUCAGUGGGUGUUCCAGUUAUAUGGCAGAUUUAAUGUGACAGGCAAAAUCUAAUUAUUUGCAUUGAUAUUACAUACCAUCUUAAAUGAUAGUGUUGUUUAAUAUUGACAGAAAAAGUACAAAAGUACUCUAAAUAUUAACAUGAAUUUGUUUCCCCAGAAGCAACCAUUUUUGAUAAUAUUAAAUGUACAGUUAUGUCAGUGCUUUGAAGAUGUACAGUCUGUAAAAGGUUGGGUGUACAAAGUAAAAUUUAAUUCCAUGAUUUAAAAGUCUCUGCACAGUUCUGACACCAUGUGCUUUACCUGAAUAAUAAUGAAGAAAUAUAUUUAAUUACAUGACAUAUUUAAUUGAGCUUGGAACCAUAGCUUUUUAAUUGGCACUUAUGUUACAUUUAAAAACAUAAAAUUUUUGGCUUUUGAACUAAAUAAAAGGAGCUUAGGCUCAACUGGAAUGGAUCUGAUCAAAUGAUUAGCUUACUAAUUGGCAAUUGUCCAAAGAUUUUAUGUUGUCCAACCCUAAUAGUUAUAGUGAACAACUAUGUAAAUGAUUCCACGAAAAUCAUGUUCAUCUUAUCAUGUGCAUAUAUGUUUUGUAACACAAACCAUUUUGUUCCCAUAUUUGUGGACCAUUUGUCAUGCAUUGUUUUAUAGAUAGCCUGUUUUUAUUAUACUUUUUUGUUGUAAGUAAAUCCUUCUCAUUUGUACUCCUUUUUGUUUCUACACUGCCAAAAAUAAUAAAAUUUUAGUUGCUAAGUUUAAGUUUUUUUAUUAUUAUUAGCUUGUAUCAAAUCACUUUCUGGUGUUUGCAUAAAUGUUUUAUUUCACAGACUAAAAGUAUUCAAAAGUUAAAUUUAAUCUGAAACAAAUUUAACAUAUAUCUAUUGUUUACAUUUAAAGACCUAGUCACAGUGCAGCAAAAUAUUUUGUUUUCUAUUUUCUCUUAAUAAGAGUAAACCAAGAGUUAAAUGUGAGAUCACAUAGUGUUAUUAUUUAAUCUGUGUUAAUUGUGUUAGCCUAGUGGUUGUUUGCAGCAGGGAUAUAUAUAUAUAUUGUUAACAUCUCAUCAAGGUAUCCAGUAUGCAAGUUUUUAAAAAAUUUAUUACAAACAUUUCGGCAAAUAAGGUUUGCAUCAAAAUCUUUCUUCAUUUUCACCCUUGCAUACUGUAUGCUUGGUUGUCUUGUGAUUUGUGUGUUCAGCCAUUUGAAUAUUCUAUUGUUAAAUGUAAAAAAGUUGUUCACCAUAUUUUUGUGUUGAUCCUUUGCUCUGGAGAAAACAUAUUAUUUGAAGGGCAAAGCAAAUUGUGAAGACAAAAUGACAAAUAAAAAAAAACUAAAAUAUAUUUGCAAUAAAAACAAGUGG